CCAGGACCUUGGCAAGUCGCAUUGCUGUCUGCACCCACUCUACUUUGGGACAUAGUGUGUGAUUAAAAAAACGAAACAAAACAAACAGUGGAUUUAGGAGCAAGUGGCUGAGGGAAAACUGAUAAACGGACUGACGAAAGCUGAUACCCGAAGUGGAGAAAGUCAACAGCCUUAUCUCUAAGGAGAAACCCAUCUACCUCACACAAGGCACUGAGGGUGACUUGUCUGAUACCGAGCCUUCUGCGGGGACAGAGACAUCGGGGAAUCCAGAGAGGGACGAGUGAGAUCCAUACAAGCCCAGCAGAUCAAACCCCCUCAAACAGGCAGGGGACUUGCAGGUCCGGGAGGGACAGACUUUGGUCCUACAUAUCUACUAGACUCACAAGGUCCACUCAGAUGCCUCUAAAGAACUCGCUCUACUUCAAGUCGACGACCCUGCGGUGGUCACGCAAGCAGAAGCCGAAGGCCAUGCUCUCCAGCAGCAUGAUCAGCCAGCCACUGGGCGACUUCCGCCACCUCUCCCACAUCGGCCUCGACGAGUCCUUCGGCGACGUGCCCGUCUUCCAGCGCAGCGGCAGCCUGGUGCUGCACGGCUCCCGCAGCGACCAGAACCUGUACCUGGUGGGCCCACCGCCUCCCAAGCCGCCCCGGCUCCUUACCCCAGAGGAGGCUGCCGCUCAGGCCCGCAGCAGGGCCGCCAGCCCCACGCACAAGAAGAGCCACUCGCUGCCCCUGCUGGACGAAGUCCAGGUGGUGCACCUGCCCUGCAGCGAUGAAGCGGACGGCGAAGUGGACGGGCUAGUCGGACUGACCACCAAACUGCCCCCUAAGGCCCAAUGGUCCGGUCUGAGUCCUGCGGGGGCAGAUGACCUGCCCCUGUCACUCAACCUGGACCUUGGGCCCUCCAUACUGGACGAUGUCCUAAAGGUGAUGGACAGCCAGUGAGAAUCUGCUGAACAGCCAUUACAUUGGUGGACUGCUGUACAUAGACGUUAUGACAAACAAAAUGCCCUUUGGCACUAUGAACUAUGGGGUGGUGGUAGUGUAGUGGUUAAGGAGCUGGGCUAGCGUGCAGUAGCCUGAAAGUUGUCGGUUCAAUUCCCGGCUUCCACCGCUGUGCCCUUGAGCAAGGCACUUAACCCCAAGUUGCUCCGGGGACAAUGUGAUCCCUUGUAAUAGCUGACAUAUGUAAGUCACUUUGGUCAAGAAGUGUCUGCUAAAUGUAAUGUAAUGUAAUGUAAAUGUAAAAUGAACUGUACUGACGUAUUUGAUAAGGAAGAGACUGCGUUGAUCACUUAAACAGGGUGUGGGGAGAUGAAGGAAGUCUGUUGUUCUGCUUAUGAUUACCCACUUCGCAGCAAUUUGUAAAUGGCAUCUUCUUGUUUUUUUUUUUUUAAAGUGGAGGAUAUAGGGGAAA